GCAGUUUCCUCCGCCUAUUUUGAUCAAGCAGCCUUUUCCUGUCUGUAUUUCCAUAUCCUCAAGCAGGUUUUGAAGCAUGGCUCUGGCUGGAGUUCGAGUUAUUGAGUUGGCUGGUCUUGCACCCGCACCAUUUUGUGGCAUGAUUCUUGCAGACUUCGGUGCCAGUGUGAUCCGUGUUGACCGAACCAAAAUGGCAAUGAACAUAGACACGCAGGCCAGAGGAAAACGCUCUGUGGCCAUUAACCUGAAGACCGCUGCAGGUGUGAGUCUGCUCAAGAAGCUCUGUGUCCAGUCCGACGUCGUCCUUGAACCAUAUCGCAAAGGUGUAAUGGAAAAACUAGGACUUGGACCUCAAGAACUACUUAAAGAAAACCCCCGGCUCAUCUAUGCUCGAUUAACAGGAUAUGGCCAAAAUGGACCUUUAGCGCUUGCUGCUGGACAUGACAUAAAUUACCUUGCAAUAUCAGGCUUAUUAUCACGCCUGGGACGCAGCACAGAAAAGCCGUACGCUCCACUGAACCUGGUAGCAGACUUUGCCGGUGGGGGUCUCUCCUGUGCUCUGGGGAUCGUUCUGGCUCUGUUGGAAAGGACAAAGUCAGGGAAAGGCCAAAUCGUGGAUGCCAGUAUGGUUGAAGGUGCUGCAUAUGUGGGUUCAUUUGUGUGGAAAUCUCAUCGCAUUGGCAUGUGGAACAACCCUCGAGGCCAGAACAUGUUGGACAGCGGCGCCCCCUUUUAUGACACCUAUCAGACGUCAGAUGGAAAAUACAUGGCUGUGGGUGCCAUUGAGUCACAGUUCUACAAAGAGUUACUUAAGGGUUUGGAGCUGGACUCUGCAGAAUUACCAGAACAGAUGAGCUUCAAUGACUGGCCCAAACUCCGACAUAUUUUUACAGAGCGAUUUGCCUCUAAAACCCUGGCAGAGUGGACCAGAAUAUUUGAAGGCACAGAUGCAUGUGUUACACCUGUGUUGUCUUUUGAAGAGGUGAGCUCGCACCCUCAUAACCAGCAGAGGGGGUCGUUCAUCAAAGACCAGAGCGGGGAGGAGAGUCCCAGACCAGCGCCAGUACUUGACAGAACCCCUGCUGAGCCUUGUCUUAAAGCUGACCCUAUGGUUGGAGAACACACAGUGGAGGUUCUGCAGGAGUAUGGCCUCAAAGCAGAGCAGAUUGAACAAUUACUAGCGACAGGAGUCGUAGAGUCUCAUGCCACUAAGACUAAGUUGUAACUAUAUUAUGACUAAAUCUGUACUGAAACAACAGUUUUCAUAACCUCAUUUACCUCACUAAUGUUAUUAAUGUGAAAUAUUAGCGUUUCUAAAGGGAAUAUUUCCUUAAUCGAUAUAAUUUAAUUAAAUAUGAUUUGAAGAUUUUUUUACCCUUUGUCACAUUCAGAACUAACAAUGUCAGCUCACCCAUCGUCAUUUUAUGCCAAAAAAUAUAUUUUAAAAUCAACUCCAUCCACGUUGCCAUUUUGUUGUAUGUUGAAUCUUCUCUGUACAUUAUGUAUUUUGAAAUAAUGCCACUUUAAACCAGUAUAAACAGUAUAAGAAGUCCUGUAUCACGCUGAUGUAGUGGAUUUCUCUAUAACAGUGGCUUCCAUUCAUACUGGGCUUUAUAGUUUUUCUCUUCCCUCAGAAGUGCACUGUUCUCUCAUGAGUGCAGCAGGUAUCUGAAGAAUGUGUGUAGCGUGACUCCGACCAGCUGACUCCCCGUGCACAAGGCAUAACACAACACACUGUUCACUGUAAGGCCAAAAAAGGCCUAUAGGUCUGUCAAAAAGGUCUGUACACACUCUGCAGUAAUUUACUAUUUCAAUGAUAAUAAAUUGCUAAAUUGACAAACUCCCGGUGGGGACAAAAUGUAUGGUCAGGUUUACUACUAUAUUAAAAUAAUCAAUUUAUAGAAUAUUAGGCAGAAAUGCUUGAACUGUAAGACUUUAUUUACACAUUUGAAAGUUUUACUUCCAGGACAGAUGAUCUUUUUCCUUAAUUUUCAUUAUUCCUCUUUGUAGCUAUUUGAGAAGUUACAAAUGUCACCAACAAAAGAAUAAACGAUGUUCUAUUAGAUUGUU